CACUCUCUUCAAUUUCCUUUUUCUGAAGAUUACUUGAGCUAUACUCCUUAGACAGUUAACCUCACCUAGGAUGAAAUAUUCUCUUCUUCUGUCUAUAUAUACCAAUCUAAUGGGAUAUUGAAGGAACAUAUUCAUAAUCAUUGUAAACUUUCCUAGAAGAAAUAAGCUCUAAAUCCCAUACCACAACUCAUCAUCUCAAAUACAACUACUAAAUAGAUCAAAACCAAAACUUUAGAUAUCUUCAAGUCAUGGAAACAUCAAACAGAAAUGAAGAACACACACCAGAAAUAGUGUUCUUCGACAUCGAAACAACAGUCCCAAAUAGAGCAGGACCUGGACAAGAACGAAGAUUCUGGAUGUUAGAAUUUGGUGCAAUGGUCAUAUGUCCACAAAAGCUCGUCGAGAUCGAGAGUUACUGCACUCUGAUUAAGCCAGGAGAUCUGUCUGUUGUUGCGCUGAGGUCUACACGAAGUGAUGGUAUCACGAGAGAAGCAGUCAUAAAAGCACCAAUGUUUGUGGAAGUUGCUGAUAAAAUAUAUGAAAUUUUACAUGGGAAGAUAUGGGCUGGACAUAAUAUUCAGAGAUUUGAUUGUAAUAGGAUUAAGGAAGCUUUUGCUGAGAUUGGUCGUCCUGCUCCUCAACCUGUUGGUAUGAUUGAUUCUUUGGGUGUUCUUUCUCAUAAAUUUGGAAGAAGAGCUGGUGAUAUGAAGAUGGCAACAUUGGCAAAUUACUUUGGACUUGGUCAGCAAAAGCAUAGGAGCCUUGAUGAUGUUCGGUUGAACUUGGAGGUCCUUAAGAAUUGCGCAACAGUCCUCUUUUUGGAAUCAAGCCUACCAAACAUGUUGAGCAACAAUCGGCAUAGUGGCUCUUCCACGAUUACGACGAGGAGCAAAAAUAAUGUGAAUAAUAAGAAAAUGUCAUCAAGUUAUAAUAGAGAAGAAUCAAAUAGCAGAAAAUCUCCUCCUACAGCUUCAAUUGGGUAUAUAAGAUCAGUACCAUAUCCAACAAGAGCAAGUUUAAGAAAGAUGACUGAAAGAGUGAAGAGUAUUUUGUGUAGAGCUCAGAGCAGCCAAUCUAUCAACAAUUUGAUCAAGCAUUCACAUUCGAUCAUCAGAUAGUUUUGACAACACAAUGAUCAUAUAUUGUUCAAAAUAAGCCUUGCUAGUUGCUUCCCUUGUUCUUGUGAACUGAGAUGAAAAAUGAAGGUGAAGAUGCAUAUGAUUCCAUGCAACGGAUUCAUAGCAAUUGUACCAGAACACCUUCAUCUUCUCCCAUUCUUGAUGGAUCUUUUUUAUGAUACACUUUGUAAAUAAUGAUUCUUUUUAUUCAUUUGUUAAUGUAAAUAAUAUUCUUAUGUAUAGAGGUUUCAUCAUUCCUUAUAUGAAAGAUUGAAAACA